AUGCUUUCAGUUCUGAGAAAAGCUCGACUCAAGGAUAAGGAGAUGCGGAUUCUAAUGCUAGGACUGGACAACGCAGGCAAAACCACCAUUGUGAAAAGGAUUAUGAAUGAAGAUGUCACCACCGUAAGCCCAACGCUCGGUUUUAUUAUUAAAACCAUCGAAUUUAGGGGGUAUAAGUUGAAUAUCUGGGAUGUUGGCGGCCAAAGAACUUUACGAUCUUACUGGAGAAACUAUUUCGAAAAGACGGACGCACUGAUUUGGGUGGUUGAUGCUACGGACCGAUUGAGAGUUGAUGAUUGCCGCCAGGAGCUGGCUGGCUUGCUUUUGGAAGAGCGACUUAUGGGGGCGAGUCUUCUAGUUUUUCUAAACAAAACCGAUGUUGAUGGCUGUAUGAAUGAAGCGGAUGUUCGAGAAGCAUUGCAGUUAGAUGCAAUUAAAACGCAUAAAUGGACCAUAAUCCGAUGCAGUGCUAUGACGGGCCUGAACUUGAAUGAGGGCCUUUCAUGGGUGGUACAGGAUGCGAAAGAACGUCUGUUUCUUUACUGA